AUGUCGUCGUCUUUGCAGGGUGCCAACGCCACUUCCAACGGUGCCAUGGCGCUGUUGCAAAAAUUUGCGGCCCUCAAUAAUCACAUCGAAGAGAUUCGUCGGCAACAAAACAGUGUACUGCGUGAAAUAGACUCGGUCCAGCAGCAACUAGUGGAUGUGGGAGAAGACCGAGAAAAGAUGUGUGAAAAAACAGACGAAGCGGGAAAGAGCCUCAUCCAAUUGGAACAAAGGACUAAAGACGCUUUGGAUUCUCAACUUCAGGUAGAAAAAGGUCAUUCCGAAGCGCUGUUGACUAACCAAGUAUGUGCCCGUCGACUUGAAGCAGCCCGUCAGGAUACGUUGGAAUCCCAGCAAGCCUUUCUCGAACGAACAAGGAACUUUCGUCAUUCUUGUCGACGCCUGCAGCUACGCGCACAGCACAUGGGAAUCCAACACGCCUCUCUCCGGGCAUGGAUUGCUGCAAAAGGGGAAACGAUAUCGGGAACUGAUCUUGUGGGCGACCAACGACAUCAAACGUACGGGUCCCGGUAUCGGAACUCCAAAUUUGAUAUUCGGGAUCCGGAUUCAUGGGGUCUCGAAGUCGUCCAGGGCGACGAAGAGCUUCACGAACUGUUCUUAAAGUAUGAGUCAAAGAAGAGUGAUUUGGACUUGGCACAAAAGAACCGUGAAAUAGCUCGAAUCGCCUGGCAAGAGCAGCUUACCAAUGCCGACACUCGCCGUGAUCGUCGCACGAGACUUGAAGAGCAACUACGAAGGAUCGAAGGAGACAAUGACGCCUUGGAGUCGCAAAUGCGUGAAUUGGAAUGGCAGACCGCUAGAGUUCGAGAGACCGCGACAGUCCCAGAGCUUCUUAAGAGUACCGUUCAGCUGAUAUCUCGAUCGACGAACUCCACCAAGACGCAGCAAUCAUCCGCCGCGGUGACUCCUACGACAGGCUGCCGUUCUACAACCGGCCUCUCGUCAAGGGUUGCCUUUCACCGGACAAACCCGUAUGCCAAUACAGGAAAGAACCAAUACAAGAAUCGAAUUUCCAGUACAGAUUCCAACGUCAUUUCCACGCCCGAAAUCCGUCUACCGGCACUCCAUUCAGAAGCUUCCGAUUUCCGCGACAGCGCGUCGGCUAGUAUUGGACGGCGUGGCCGUCGUCUUGGUGGAAGUGAAUUUGGAUUGAGCAUGGAAAUUGUCGGGGAGCCAUCCAUCACAUCCAUGAACUAUAAAAAAGCAACAGAUACCUGCUUCAAUGAUCCUCACAUUUCUUUGCCGGCGGAUGAUUCUUUGAAGCGCACCAUUGCAUCGCUGCAAGAUAGCGACGGCGAAGACUUUUCCUACAUGCCAUUUACUAAGAAGAGCAAUCAGCCUUUGUAA